AUGAGCCAGAACACAAACACACCAUUGAUGCCCCCGCGCGGUCAUUCGACGGCACCAAGCUUCGACCCGUCGGAAGUCCGUUCGCUUCGGCGUUACUUCCAGGACCUCGAAGCGUUGUUCACCCGGUGUCAGAUUACCGACGAAGCAGCCAAGAAACAGUGGGCCGUUCGGUAUCCUUCGAUCGACGUCGCCGACUUAUGGGAAACCAUCGAGUCCUUCAUCGACGUAGCCAAGAGCUACAACGACUGGAAAGCCGACGUACGAGCACUCUAUCCUGGCGCCGACGAUACAAGAAAGUGGUCGCUGGCAGACAUGGAUCAGCUCAUUGGAGAACGCGCUCGUAUCAGGAUUCACAACGCAGCAGACCUAGGCUGCUAUUACCGCGACUUCAUGGCCAUUACGAAACAUCUCAUCGCACAGCACCGGCUCUCCACUAUCGAACAAAGUCGCGCAUUCCUUCGAGGAUUCCAGCCAGCAUUGCUCACACGGCUCGAGACCCGACUGCAUCUCAAGCAUCCCGAUCACUACGCCGACGACCCGUACACCAUGGCAGAGAUUCACGCGGCGGCUACGUUCAUCUUACACGGUACAUCGAGCACACCUACGACGGCGGCUAACCAAGCUACCGCUUCGACGUCGAACACUUCGACAACGGUGCCCCCCGGGAUGAUCAAAACCGAAGACAUCUCGAUGAUCAUCGAAAGCCUGUCGAGAACGAUCGCAACACUCAUUCAGCCGACGACACACGCUACGCACAACCACGCCCCCGCACCGAGACAACAAGCUGCCGUCCACGUCCACGAGAACAGCGGAAUUGAACAGACGUGCCACUACUGCGGCAAUCGUGGCUGCAGGGUAGGCACCUGCGAGUUCGCGGAGAUUGACAUCCGGGACGGCAAGUGCAAGCGUAACACCGAAGGCAAGAUCGUCCUUCCAAACAGAAGCUUCUGCCCCCGCACUAUCCCUGGUCUCACGAUACGAGAUCGAAUCUACGAGUGGCAUAGAAGAAAUCCCGCAGCACCCGCCGCUCCGAUGAUGCUCUUCGAGAUCGACGAUCGCUCGACUAUGCAGACCUUCACGCUCAACACCAGCAGCAGGAUCGAGGCGCUCGAGCGAGAACUCCUUCAGCUUCGGAAGCGAAGGGAGGUCUUCGACGGCGUCGAGAUUCUACAACGGAAGAAGCCCACGACGCCAGCCGUCCCGAAGAGCGCGGAAGCCUCGGGAUCUGCUACAUCGAAAGUAGUGGCGGCACCCUCGAGCACUUCGACAAGCACGGCCCCGCCUCCGACGAUACCAGCAGCAGCACCCGCCACCACCAGUACACCCCUUCGCAAACGCUCGCGACGCAACAUACGCCCCACCGAACGUUCGGAACUUCGCAACUCCACCAAAGCCCUCGAACGACAAGGGCAAGGAACCAGCGUACAAGACCAUCGUCCCCGUUAUCCAGCCGAAGCUCGCCGAAGAAAUCUUCCAGCGUUCGAUGAAGUCGCAUACCGCGACGCCGUCACCCCUAAGCGAGUCUCGACGGAACCCGUCGCGUCGGCCCACAUCGUAGAAAUCGGCGCCGACGAGGUCACGGCCGUCAACCAGCUCUCGUGUUCAGGUGCAACAUUGGAACCCGGUGCUACAAUCGUCCCAGACCCCUAUGAAACAUAUCUGAAGCACAUCCCUCACGGCGAGCACCCCGCGGAAUUUACUGUCGCCCGCAAUUCGAACGCGAUUCGUUCGAUCAUCGCAUUGGUCGACAACAAAGAGCAGAUCGAAUGCAUCGUUGACCCCGGUUCACAGAUCGUCGCCAUGUCGGAAGAGGUCUGUCUCGGCCUCAACCUCCUCUUCAAUCCUACAAUCCAGCUGAACAUGCAAUCGGCGAACGGCGAGGUGGACCGAUCGCUGGGACUCAUUCGAAAUGUUCCCUUCCGCAUCGGUGAGAUCGUAUUGUACCUCCAGGCUCACGUCAUUCGAAACGCAGCAUACGACAUCCUCCUCGGCCGACCCUUCGACGUGCUCACGCAGAGCGUCGUCAAGAACUUUGCCGACGAGAACCAGACCAUUACGAUCCUCUGUCCGAACACCGGCGAAACCGUCACGAUUCCGACCUUCGAGGAAUUGAUUCCCCAUGAUCAAGGAGAAGCCGCGCUAGUCAUCGACUACGAUGGGGUAAACCCGAAUAUUUCCUUCGUCGCUCCUAUUGACUCCUCGAUUCCGAAUGCUGUUUCGUCACUGUACCUCUCCGCAUGCACCUCCGUUUCUUCAUAUUUACAGUCUCUUUAUGCCUCGGACAGUACGGCUUCUAAUGCCGCUCCGUCGAACGCUUCGACGUGGGCUUCGACUCUUCUAUUUUCAGCUCCGUUGGCUUCAACUCCUCCAGCUCGCCCUCCGACGAAGUCCAUCUCGCAGCUUUCCAACUCGAUUCUUCCCUUUCCUUUGACGACAUUGACUUCUACCCCUUCAACGCACAAGAUCCUCGCCACGACGAAGAAGAAGUACAAGCCUGUCGCUCUCAAAACCUGA